AUGCCUGGAGUUCCCAUCGACGCCCUGGACAACCUCAAGUCCAAGUUCAAGGCCAUCUUCAAGAAGAAGGACGAGAAGAAGGCCGAGGCAAAGCCCGCCGAGGCCAAGCCUGCCGCGACGACCACCACGCCCGCUGCCACCGAGCCUACCAAGACUGAAGCUGCUCCCGCCGCUGCCCCGGCCACUGAGCCCGCUGCUGCUCCUGCUCCUGCUCCUGCUGCCGCUGCUGAGCCGGCCAAGGCCCCCGAGCGCGAGGCUAAGAAGGAGGAUGCUGCUCCUGCUACCACCGAGCCCGCCAAGGCUCCCGAGGCUGCUCCCGCUGCGCCCGCAGCUCCUGCCGUAGCCGCCGAGGCCCCCAAGGCCCCUGAGCCCGCCACCGCCCCCGCUCCCGCUGCUGCCCCUGCUGCUCCGGCCGCCACUGAGCCCGCGAAGACGGAGGAAACUCCCGCACCCACCGCCCCGGCCACCGCUCCCGCUGCUGCUGAGACCGCGCCCGAGCCCGCUGCCGCCCCUGCUCCGGCCGCCGCCGCUCCCACCGAGGCCGCCAAGCCCGAGGAGAAGAAGGAGGCCGCUGUCACCGCCUAG